AUGUCGCUCGCUUCUACCUCUUCAACAUCAUCCGUCCGAUGUCUUCUCAACAGUUCACGGUUAUUACCUACUUCAUCUCAUGAAUCUUCUCGUCGUCAUCUCGCCGCUGCAGCAAGAGCAUACAUCGAUCCUGAAACUGAUACCCCUCUGCAUCAACCAUCUUCCCCUCGUCGGCCUAUCCGAUCACCGCAAGAACCUCUUUUAACCCCUCUUCAAGCCCAAGCAUUUCUCUCCAACAUAUUAUCUCUCCCUCUUUCACAUCAAUUAUCACCCGAGCUUUCUCUACAAAUAUUAACACAUAAAUCAUUCCGAUACGCACAUUUCAUUCGUCCUCACGGUCCGAACUCUUUCGUCUCACGAUCUCACACACGUCAAAAUAUACGAGCACGUGGAGAUAUAGAAUUCCAAAGAGAUUUCGUAGAUGAAAGUGAUCCGACCAGAUCAAAUGUCGUACUUGGUGAACAAGGGGAAGAUCACGAUUCGAACUUGGGCCCUACUCUUGUUUCACAUAAUGCUAGAUUAUCUUUCUUAGGAAGAAGAGCUAUAUCUUCUUAUUUAACUUUAUUCGUUCAUUCUGCUUUACCUACCAGUGGUUCAUUGAGAAAUGUUGAUUUUCUCAGAGGAGAAACUUUAGAUAAAAAAUUGGAUAAUAUGAGACAUGUUAAUAAUCUCGGUAGGACAGUUGGUGAUCAUUGGCAUGUUGGGGAAGUUAUGAGAUGGGAUAAGAAUCCUACAUCACUCGAAUCGGAUCACGCAAAAAUAAAAGGUAUGGUAGUAGAAGCUACUCUAGGAGGAGUGUACACCACGUUCGGUUCACCAGCGGCACAUCGAGCAUUUCAUCUUCUCGUCUUACCUCGUUUAGCUCAUCAACUGCGAGAUCCUGGAUUGAUAGAACUCGCUAAUAAAAUGGCUGAAGGUGUGAGGAGGGAUUUUGGAGGGGUUUUGAGGGUAUAA